GACCCGCUCGGUGUUGUUUUUUUGUGAGCUGUCACGAAGUACGAACGAAAGAGGGAAGAUUGAGGCAAAGUGUGAAUAGAAAAAAUAAUUUUAUUGGGUGAAAUAAUAAAUAAAAGAAGGAACAAACUUUCUUGUCUUGAAACGACACCAAAAGUGUCAAAAUAUUUUUUAAAAAAUUAUUCACAGCAUGAUAAGCUGAUUAAACUCUCAACACAGUGGGGAAGACAAAACUUUAUAAAAAAGGAAAAAGAAAAGUUGAAAUUGUUUAUGAAAAAAAGAAGCUUUGUGUACUUAUAAUCUUUGUGCAAUUUGCUGGACAGCAGACAACUUAAAAUCAAUCGACUUGUUAGGAAAUUGUCAAACUUUUACAUCGUUCUUGAAGGAAACGAUUAACUUUUACGAUGAAAACUUCCGAAAACUUCAUCCUGCAGGGAUUUAUGCUGUCGUUGAUAGCACAAAUGGUGCUAACAUUAUCUGCCGAACGUGGUUCAUCUGAGCGUUUGUCAUCAGCUGCCUCAUCACCAUCUCAAGGCAUUGUCGGAGCACUUUAUCGAUCUGCAGAGGCUAGAAGUGAAAGUGACAAGAAUUUAGAUUCGUCGCAAGCUUCACGUGGUCAGAGGUGUGCCAGAUGUCCUGCACCCGCUUAUUAUGGCGGAAAUUCUGGCUACGGUGACAGAGAAAGAGCGCCAGCUUAUUAUGGACGUGAAGAUCCUUAUAGAGAGUCUUACAGAGAUCCUUACUAUGGACGUGACCGCAAUUGGUAUUAUCAACCUGAAUAUCGCAACACUUACGACAGAGGCUAUAAUCGCUAUGACAAUCGUUAUUAUGGACGAGAAGAUCCUUACUAUGCUCGUGAACAGAAUUAUUAUGAUCCAAGACAAGACCCAAGAUACAACGUCAACAACAACUAUAACUCUUAUCGUGGAAAUGGCUACGACAAUUUAAAUCCGACGCAUUACGAAGCUAUGCGAAAUCAAUUCCAGCGUGAUCGCAGCUACGGAUAUGACCAAUAUUAUGAUAGAUUCUAUGAUCGUCCCGCUUAUCGUGCUUCAGGAGGUUAUUAUGACAACCGAAACUUCCGGCCAUAUGAUGAAACAUACAGAGGCUCAUCCGGAUUUGACAAUUCAGGUCGAGGUUAUUAUUUCGCGAAUCAACAUGGUCAGAGGCCUUCACAAAGUCCUCAAUAUCCCCCACCAGAAACUUAUGAUCAAGCACAAAGACCUCCAUCAUCACAUGGCAAUCAUUACAAUCCACCACAACAGCAAUCACAUCACACGACAACCCGAGUACCUCCCGAAUUCUAUCAUGGAAAACCUGCACAAUCGCCGCACAUUCAAACGGUGUCAUCGGGCACGAUAGGGACUGUAGAUAGCAACCCAUCUACAAACAAUAAUAAAAAUAAUAAUAAAGAGAUAGAUGAUAAGGAGAAAAACAGCUCUGCCUAUGGUCGACCUUCUUUAGGUAGCAGCUAUUUGUUUGACAGAUCAAGUGAUGAUGCUGCAGCUGAUUCCGGCUUAAGCCCACCGAUUUCCACCAAUGAUGAGAAGAAGACGGAAUCGGCCAACAUGGAAAUGAAGAGUGAAACUGAUGCAUGAACAACAUUCAAGAAACAUCUCAAAAAUGAUCUAUAAUAGCUUUACACAAAACCAAUCAACAUGAAAACAAUAUUUUUAGUGAAAUUUAAUAGCAUUUAUGUAUGGUCUUAAUAUAAUAUCCUUUUUUAUAACUUUUCCUUUUUGUACUUAGGAAUCAUAAGAAUUUACAUUUUAAUGCAAAUAAUAAAAGUUGAAAGAGUCAACAGAAGAAGAAUUCACAAUGUUUCGAUAUUUAAUCUUACUUUAUAUUGCAAGCAUGAAACAUAUUUCAAGAUCUUAAAAGCACAAACAAAAAAAUUCUUUUAUACUCAAAGUCAGGAAAUUUGUGUACAAAAGAAAAACUUUUUUAUUCUCACACCAUGUCAGUGUGCAGCUUACAUAGCAUUAUUUUCAAAUUCCUUAAAGCUCUUUCCAGCCGAUGAUAAAAAAGUUUUCUUAAACCUAUUCCGAGUGUAUAGUGAAAAAGCCUCGAUUUCACAUUGAAAUGAUGUUGAAUUUGCAUUGCUGAUGACUCGCAGAUCUCAUGAAAAGUAAUUGAAAUCGAGGAUGAGAAUAAGAAAUACGAUUUCGUCUCCAAUGUAAUGGAUGUGCCUUCUUCAAACUUUGUGACGUUAAAAUACGCUGAAAAUUUCCCUAAGAAAAUUUCAUAAACUUUUCCAAUUCCACGUCGCUCAUUCGAAGAGAUGACGAGGCUUAUUGAAUCAAGCCA